UGGCGUCAUCCAGCAAGUAAAACAACCGAGCGGGCUGGAGGGGCCCAAAUGGCGUGGGGCUUCGGCUGAGGCGAACUCCCCAAACAAAGAGAAAUGACAACUGUUUUGCCCCUGCUGCUUUUGUGCGUUUGCGCGCCUGCCCGCUGCGUGUUCCAGAAGUUAUACUGCACCAUCGCCGACAGUUGCGACUGCGACUUUCGACCCAACGUCAGAGAGUUUGAGUGGGACCUGUACAAGAAUGUCUUUGGGCAGCAUCUGGCCCAGGAGGUGCUCUCGGAAGAGUUGUCCCGCUUCCUGGCCCAAGAGGCGCCCGAGAAGCCGCUGGUGCUCUCCCUGCACGGCUCGUCGGGCACGGGCAAGACGAUGGCGGGCGAUAUGCUGGCGCGCCACCUGUACGCCUCGGCCACCGGCAGCCCCUUCGUCCACCAGUUCAUCCCCACGCUGCACUUCCCCGCCGGAGGACACGUGCAGGCGCAGCGGGAGCAGCUGAAGUCUUGGGUGCAGGGCAACGUAACGGCGUGCGCCCGCUCCGUCUUCAUCUUCGACGAGGUGGACAAAAUGGCGCCCGGGCUGCUGGACGUUCUGGAACCCUUCCUGGGCCCCUCCCACGCGGUCUUCCGCACCAACUACCGCAAGGCCAUCUACAUCUUCAUCAGCACGGCGGGCGAGGAGGAGAUCAACAAAGCGGCCCUGGAGCAACGUGAGGCCGGGCGGGACCGAGAGGAGAUGACGGCGGCCGAGCUCCAGGACGCCAUCGCUCGGGCCGUCUACGACAACCCCACCAGUGGCCUCUACAACUCGCCCAUCAUCCGUCAGAAGCUGGUGAGCGCCUUUGUGCCCUUCUUGCCGCUGUGCCGCCACCACGUGGAGCGCUGCGCGCAGACGCAGCUGUGCCAGCGUGGCGCCUGCGAGCGCCGCGACGUGGCACGCGCGGCGGCGGCCCACAUGGCCUACCAGCCGUCGCCGGGACACUACUUCUCCACCAGCGGCUGCAAAAACGUGCCCGCCAAGAUCAACCUGCUCUUGUGACAGCCGAGCAGGUGCGGCAGAGGUUUGGAGCCGCCCCCCCCCCAUGACUCCCUUUUUAGUUUUUAUUUUUUUAACAUGACAACAUCAAACCUCGCCAACAACGUUCCAAGUCCAAGAUGUUUCCACGUCAACAGAAGGAUCUUUUUAAAAAAGAUAUUUUUCAACAUGUUUUGGGGUGGGGGAAAUCCAAUGCAGACGUUUGCUUCCGUCACCAGGGGGUGCUAAAGAGUGCCUGGGGAGCAAAUGGUGCAAUUCUUCUGAACAUGCAGUUAUCGUGUUGGUAAUUUAUUUUCACAAGAUGUGGGUAACUUAUAUGGCGAAUAUCCUCAUGUGGACACUUCAUUAAGGACAUCGAGGAAUGAACGCCAAUGCAACACCCCAACCCCCCCCAAAAAAACUGCACCUUGGCAAAGACAAUGUUCAAGUACUCAAGUACUGUAUCACGCUGUUUGCUGUUCCUAAUCUUUUGGCCACCCAAAAUGAGGCCGAGAAAUAUUGGAGCAGGUCAAAAAAUGAAAACAACAAAAAAAACAACUCAAA